AUGGUCAGCGGUCUGUACGUUGUUGUAAUCUUGGUGCAACUUUUGUCUCCCACGUGCCGCUUCGUUAUUAACGUUCUAUCACUCGUAAAACAGAUAUCCAGUGUCCUCCUCUCUCUCUAUUCUAAUCAAAAUUUUAUUCAUCAAAAGGUUAAACAACUUUUUAACCCUUUAAAGCGGGAGAAAUGUCUAAUAUAAAAGAAGAUAAGAAUGGAAACGCUACCGAAAAGUUGUCUCCUUUAGAACAGAAAAUUGUUAAACAGAUAGAGUUUUACUUUGGAGACAAGAACUUACCAAGAGACAAGUUUCUAAGGCAAAAAACCGAAGAAGAUGAUGGAUGGGUGACAUUCGAAUGCUUAGCAACAUUUAACAGGCUCAAAAGCAUGUCUGAUGAUGUAAAUUUUCUUGCCAAGACCAUGAAGAAAUCCAGUAGCGAUCUGAUUGAAGUGAGCGAAGAUCUAACCAAGGUCAGAAGAACAAAAUCAAAACCAGUUGAGGAGCUUACAACAGAGGCAAGGCAAAAAGCCAAGGCAAAAACUGUCUAUGUUAAAGGGUUCCCUAAAGAAGCUACCCUUGAUGAGUUGCAAGAGUAUUUUGAAGGCAAAGGAAAGAUUGUCUUCAUUAUGAUGAGAAAGACUUUGGAAUCCAAGGAGUUCAAGGGAUCUGUCUUCAUAGAAUUUGCAACACUUCCAGAGGCUAAAGCUUUUGUUGAAGAAAAAGAUACUAAAUAUCAAGACAAUGUGCUCAUUAAGAAGUUCAAAGAUGACUAUUAUUCUGUUAAGAAUGCUGAUAAAAAGAAGCGUCUUGAAGAGGAGCAGAAAGCCAGGAAAGAAGAGAUUGCAGCACAAGUCAAGUCUGAGGAAAAGCUGGCUGAGGAAGAAGAGGAGUUCAAGUAUGAGAAAGGAGCUGUACUGCAUUUUACUGAUGUUGGUGAACAGACCUCUAGAGAGGAUCUAAAGGAGCUGUUUGGCGAGCACGAGGACAUUGCAUGGGUGAAUUUCUCCAGAGGCGAUACUGAGGGCCACAUUCGAUUCUUAAAAGAAGGCGGAGCACAGCGAGCGAUGGAUGCCUUGAAGAAGGACGACAAAAUAUUGAUCAGAAACAAACAGGCCAUUGUUCGGGUUCUGGAAGGCGACGAAGAGAAAGAGUUUUACAGAAAGGAUCGUGAGGAAAAACAGAAAAGGCGACACAAGAAAGGUCGCGAUUUUGGUCGCGGUCGCGGACGCGGCGGAAAAAGACGCAAUUUCGAGAGGUCUGACCAGAGUGCACCGAAAGGAACUCACACACACUUCGACAAGGCAGUGGAGCCACCGGCCAAACAAAUCAAGAAAGAAGAACAGACAUGAACUCAAAGAUGACUCUGCCGAUGAACUCUAUUCCACAAGCAUGCACGCGUCGCUUUGUUUUUUCUACUUUUUUUAUCUUAAAAACCAGAAUAGCUAUAGGAUAUUUAAAAUAUUUCUGAAAUAAGUUUGUUUUAUUUGAUACGGAAAGACUGUCGGUUUCACAUACAGUAUAGCUCGGAUCAUACGACCGUAGAUCCAUGUACCUCCCAAAGGGACCUGUGGUGCAUAACAAGAGUUUUCAUAGAUAGUUAAUGUCUCAGGGUUAUUUUUAAUUCAAGUUUGUAUAACUUGUGAAAUAACGAAUAAUGGACCUGCCGAAUCUUAAAUUCGUCGUAUUAGUUCAUUAUAUCAGGCUUGAAAAGCCGCCUCUCCCCUACGAAUAAAAGCAGAUGAAAGGGUAAAA